GCACAAUUGUUGUGCCUCCUCUGCGUGCACUGUUGUACCCAAAUAAUCCUCUAGCCAACAUCACCCAGCUGUUGCCACCACCAAGCGUUUAAACGCAUUGGCACACCAUUGUGAAAUUGUACUUUGAAUUCGCCACCGUCAAAAACCCACCCCAGCUCUGUACAGGCCAGAUUCCUGCUCCUUCAACAAGGACAACCUACUUCCCAAUUCAUCCACUAAUUCAUCCAUCCCUUUAGGCAUGUCCGACAGCUCCUUCCUCAAAAACUCCAUCACAUGAAGUUAACUAUCACUGCUUUUCGCUAGUGACCAUCAGGGUAGGACUACCAUCGAAGAGGACUCAAAAACCCAAGAAACAAAAUCAAAACUUAGACGACGCUAGAAACCUAAGCCAAAACUUGAGGAAUUAAAGAAAUUUAAUAGAAAGGAAAAAUAGAAAGAGAGAAUGGAGAAGAAUGAAAAGAGGGAAGCCAUAGUAAAGUCUCAAAACCCUAGGUUGAGAAGGUUUAAACAAGUUUAUAGUUUUAAUGUUAAGUCUCAGACAGAAGGAGGCUCUUGGAGCUGGUUGAGUUUUCCAGCUUUCUGCGGUUGGUACUGUCCUCAGUGAACAUGCAACAAAUAUUCAACAAACAACUUUCAUCAGCAAUGUCUUCUGUCAUUCAGAGUGUAGGAUACUUGUCUGUAGUUGGAUGUGAUAAUUUGAAAUAUCUAUUUACCUCCUCAAUGAUUAAAAGUCUGGGGCAACUCGAAUUGCUAGAGAUUCGUGAUUGUAAGAUGAUGAAAGAGAUAAUAGUGACAGAAGGAAUAGCAGAAGAAGAAGAAAUGAUGUUUCGUAACCUUGAAAUACUAAGGCUUGAAGGCCUUCCCAGACUCACAGGAUUCUGCCAUCGAAAUUGCUCAGAGUUCCCCUCCCUAACAAAGCUUGCUCUAGUCAAGUGCCCUUUGUUGGAGACGUUCAUCUCUAGUCCUAUCAUUGGAGACACAAGUCACGUGACAACAAGUAAAAAAAGAGAAAAUGCUUAUAAAUCACCUCUAUUUGAUGCGAAGGUUGCAUUUCCCUGUUUGGAAGAAUUGACAAUCGCUAGAUUGGAGAACUUGAGGAUCAUAUGGCACCACCAACCUCGUGCAGAUUCAUUUCGCAAACUAAAAUUGCUGGCUAUUGGACAUUGUGGGAAAUUAUUGACAAUUGGUUCAUCUGAUAUACUAGGAAGAUUAUGCAAAUCACUAAAGGUGUUGAAAGUAUUUGCUUGUGGAAGUGUAGAAACGAUAUUUGAGCUUGGAGACGUAGACAUCGGAAAGUCAUACGAUGCGCAAGACACCUUGUUAAGCGAAUUGAAUAUUGAGAAUCUACCAAGAUUGAAGCAUGUGUGGAGCAAAGAUUCCCGAGAUAUUCUCAGUUUUCAAAACUUGCAGUCCGUGAGAGCUGCGGGUCAUCCGAACCUCCAAAAUAUGUUUCCAGCUUCAGUGGCUAUGGGGUUUCAGCAACUUGAAGAGUUCGGGUUAGUCAAUCGUGGGAUAGAGACAAAGAGAGUCGGAGCAUUCGAAAGAGAAGAAGCAGGUCGUACAUUUGUGUUCUCUUGUUUGUCGACUCUUUACCUGUGGGCUCUACCAAGACUCAAAUGUUUCUACCCAGGGAAACAUGUGACAGAGUGGCCAAUGUUAAAAAAAUUUCGAGGGUAUCAUUUUGCAGGAAUUAAAGAAACAAAUGUGGAGAGCCUUGGCGCAUUUCCGGUUCAACUACCGCUUUUCACCCUCGAGAAGGUCGUUCCUAGAUUGAAGACACUGUCACUAACAAGUGAUGACAUUGCAAUGAUAUGUAAUCGCCAAUUUCCAGAAGACCUCUUUUCCAAUGUUAAAGUUCUUCGUCUUCUCUGCUACCACAAUGAAUCAGAGGAUUUUCCAUUCCGUUUUAUUGAAAGAUUCUUCAAUUUAGAAAAGCUUUUUAUUGGUUGUUCUUCUUUCAAGGAGUUGUUCCCUUCUGUGGCAUCCAUUGAUUGUCCGGAGAAAGAUGUGGGAUGGCAAUUACGUAUUAGAAAGUUGACGCUGGAUGCGCUCUGUAAUCUGAAGUAUAUUUGGAACCAAGGCUCACCAUCAGACCUACUUGUUGAAAAUCUUAAAUCUCUUAAAGUGCAGAGGUGCGAUUGUUUGAUUAGCUUAUCAGAAUCCACAGCAUCUUUCCGAAACCUCACCACUUUGUUUGUAACAAGCUGUCAAAUUUUAAGAAGCUUGUUUUCAUCCACAACAGUCCAAAGUCUGGUGCAUCUCCAAACAAUGAGGAUAGAACAAUGCAAAUUGCUGAGUGAAAUUGUUGGAGAUGAAGGAGAUGGAUUAGGACAUGCGAUUGUUUUCAGCAAAUUAAAAGUUUUGAAACUCAAAUGCUUAACAAGACUCGCAAGCUUCUGUUCUGCAAAUUUCACAUUCGAGUUCCCAUUGUUGGAAGAAGUAAUGGUGGUUCAAUGUCCCAACUUUGAGACCUUCUGUCAUGGAGUUGUGAGGACUCCAAGCCUACAGAAAAGACAGUUAACCGAAGAAGACAAUUUGUGGCAUCCCGCGGUUGAGCUGAAUAACACCAUAAAUCAACUGUACAAAGAAAUGGCUGGAUAUGCUGGGUUACAAGAAUUGAACCUCUCAGACUUUCCUCAGUUGAUGGAAAUAUGGUACAAGAAUCCUCAAGAAAUCUUGGAUUUCAAACAGCUUCGUGAACUUGAAAUUUGUAACUGUAGUAACUUGACAUAUCUCUUAACUCCUUCCAUGGCGUUGAGUCUUGUUACGCUUGAAAGGUUGAAAGUACAAAACUCUGAAAUGAUGGAGCACAUCAUCACAGGAGAGGGAACUAUGGAGGCAGAUGAAAAAGAGAUGAUAUUCCCACAGCUAAAAGCCAUUAAUCUGGAGUCUUGUUCCAACUUGACAAGUUUCUGUGUGGGAAAUUAUAAACUUGUGUUUCCAUUAUUGGCAGUGAUGGAAGUAAUUGACUGUCCAGAGAUGGUUACAUUUGCUUCGACAUUUUCAACAGUGCAAGUGAAAGAAGCAGCAGAAGGAGAAAGUGCAGAGAGGAUUAGAAAGGAAGACAUUGAUCCUACUGAACCCUUUUUCAGUGACCAGGUUUCAGUUCCCGGUUUAAUGUUCCUUGUGAUCCAUGGUAUGGGGAGCUUGAACAUGAUUUGGGAUGAUAAACUUGAUGCUGAUUCCUUCUACAGACUACAAAUGCUCUGGGUGGCAUCUUGUGAAAAAUUGUUGAAUAUUUUUCCAAUUACUAUGCUUGGAAGGUUUAAAAACCUUGACGUUCUAGAAAUAAGAAACUGUGUUUCACUAGAAAAAAUAUUUCAACAUCAAGGGCCAAGUGCUAGUGAAUCACAAGCUUUGAAAUCUUCUCAAUCAACUAUGGUGGAAACAGCAAUAAACUUUGUGCUUCCAAAAGUAAGACGCUUGAUCCUUGUAGGGUUACCCAAUCUCAAGAGUCUCUACCCUCAAAUGCACACUACAAAAUGGCCAUCAUUGGAAACAUUGGUGGUAUUUAGAUGUAAUCAGGUGCAGAUACUUGCUUCAGAACUUUUGAGCUAUCAAAGAACAAGUGAAGCGACCCAACUUAAAAGUCAAAAUGAACACACUCUGUUUUGGGUCAAUAAGGCUACAUUCCCAAGUCUAGUGGAACUAACAGUGCAGAGGAACGACAGCAUGAAGGUGAUAUGGUACAGUGAUGAUGUGAAGGAAGGCAUUCUUUACUCCAAACUCGAGACUUUGAAACUUAAAGAUCUUCAAAGACUGGAAAGCAUCUGCUCAGGGAGUUGCAACUUUGAAUUCCCUUCUUUGAAAGAUGUACUUGUGAUGGCGUGUCCAAAAAUGCAGACUUUCUCUGAGGGAGAAGUAAGUACACCAAAACUGCAGAAAGUGAAACUGACAGAAGAUGAAGAUGAAGGAUGUUGGGGAGAUGGUUUUAAGCCCAGAAUAGUACUCGUAAAAAAUGAAUGGUGAUGACACUGAUGAAGACUGGUCUCACGCUUUACACAAGCUGUAUGAUUAAGUUGAUGUUUGAGAAGGUUUGUAUGGUGCACUCAUAAGCUGGAUUUCAACCGUGCCAAUGCGCAUUUGCUCUUCUGACUUUAAAAUGUUAUUUCAACUCCUAAAACUAGUUUUCUUAAUUCGAAACUACAUUUGUAUGACUGUCUUCUUCUUGUUUAAUUUCUGCAAGCAACUUAGACCUUUUAUUUUUCUGGUUUGGUUUUAUAUUGCGAAGGAGAAUAUUUAAACUUGAUUAUACCUUAAUUAAGAUAACUUGAAGCU